AUCUACAAGAAGCUCAUGUGCUCCGCUCUUGACUCUGUUUGUCUCGCCGCAGGUCGUCUUGUCGCCAGUCUGAUCGUGGACUUCCUGCAGGUCUUCAACCUGGACUUCUCCCUCGCAGUGUUUCAGCCAGAGAUCAACUUGAUGAACGGUGUGGACAGUCGGGACCUGGUCUGCAGAGAUCUGGAUCUGUCAGAAUGUGAGGUGAACAGGAAGUGUCCUCUGCUGCUGGAGCUGGUCAAUAGAGGGCGACGCAGAGACAAACACAGUGUGUGUUUGGAGGAACCGUCUCACAAACAGAUCACAAACGCUCGCAGGAAGUUUGACUUGUACGACAAGGUGAGUCUUUUUCCAAACCUCACCUCACCCUGGGUUUUUCCUCCAAUCACAGGCGGAGCGGGUGGCUCUGUCUGCAAAGAAGAUCUGAAGAGCAUCUUCGCAGAUCUGUUUCCCAAUUUGAACAAGAACAUGUUGGAGACUUUUGUCACUGAUGAGCUCCGAGCUGCCGACAGAAGCCACUCCCAGACGGCAGACUUCCAGCUCUUUCUGGGAAUCUUCAAGCGUCUGUUCGCUCAGUGCAGGAUUGUGGUCGGUCAGGACUCUGAUGUCGGCCUUGUUGCUGAGACGGCGACCACCUCUCCACCCAUCUGUAAGGACUCUGACGUCGUGAUGUCUCUGGGUAAAGGAGACAUCCAGCAGGAGGUGUCCUUCCUCGGCUUUCAGAGCGAGCGUGUGGACCUGGAGGUGGAAGACGACCUUGACGAAGGAGAUUCAUUCUUUGACGACCCCCUGCCCAAACCACAGAAGACGUACGGCUGUCGUGGUUCUCAGUUUGAUUCGACAGAGAAGAUGAAGGGUCAGAGAGAGAAGCUUGAGGCAUCUGGGGCCAGAGAGAGUCCUGCAGGGGCCCCCUCCGAUGCACCGAGACCAGGAGGUGGAAACAGUGCAGAGCAGAGUAACAGCAGGAAUGGAAAAUCAAAAGGAUUCAGAGACUCGAAGGCCUCGAAUGAUAAAACUGGAUCUUUUCAUUUCGAUGAAGAUGUUGAAUAUGACGACGACUUCAACAGUCAUCGCUCAGAUCUCUCCAGGAGCGAGCUGAGCAUCGGCGAGGAGAUCGAGGAAGUUUCCAUUGAGGGACCCGACAGCAGCGACAAGCUCGAUGAGACUCAGGACCUGAGUGUGUCUCAGCUCAGUCACUCCGCUGAUUACAUGGAGGAGGUGUCCUGACACUCCCAUCAUGCAUCACUCUUCCACCAUGCACCUGUUUGUGUCGUCAACAUUUAAGUGUGUACAGUUUGACUUGACAAAUAAAUUGAUUUGUAUGGAAUAA